AUGCGUGUCAUGCAGGUCAUCUGGAGCGUUGUGGAGUUUCUUCCAUGCUUGAACAACCCGGAAGACAUGUACCGAGCACUGCAUUGGGCGGCUGAGAAGGGAAGAUCGAGCAUUGUGGAGUUGAUAAUACGACAACCUGGAAUCGAUGUCAACGCCAAGGUGCAAGGCGACACUGCGCUGCUGCUGGCUUGCAAGAGCGCCGAUCUCAGUACAAUCCAAGUAUUGAUCAAGGCUGGUGCUGAUUCAACCGUGGUCUACGAAACUGUUAAAGCAUAUAGAGGAUUUAUUCUCAGCUCUGACCCUUCCACGGCCAACCUACAAAAUCAAACAGCUUUUUCCAACGAUAGAGGAUAUACAGCACUUCAUGCUCUGUGUAAAAACUCUGUCUACGGAGAGAAAGCGCGCAGUGAAGCCACCGAGUGUGUAAAGGCUCUUCUACAGGCUGGUGCUGACGUUCAUGCCAAGGACUCCAAAGGCUUCACAGCCUUACAUUACGCGUUCCAGUCAUCGAUCGGAUGGAUGAAGCCUUUGCUAGAUGCAGGAGCGGAUCCUACCAUGGAAGAUGACGACGGAGAUACAGUCCUCCAUCUUUUAUCAUCUUUCGAGAGCGAAGCGGUGUCUCUGGUCUUAAAGAAUGAAAAGGUGGAUAUUAAUAAAGCCAGAGAAAAGGAUGGAAUGACGCCAUUACUCUGUCGCCUUGCAGAGAAUAAGACUGAUGAUACAGAAAUUAUCAAGUCCUUAGCUUACAAGCCCGAUGUGAAUCUUACGGAUUUGAAAGGAGACGGACCACUCCACCUGGCCUUGCGGCGUUGGGCUAUCCAACCUGGGAGCAAAUUUCCAACGGUUAGGGAUCACGAGGGCAUCCAACCGCUGCAUAUCGCGGCUACAAUUUCCGAGACAUUUGUUUACAAACUUUUCAACGUUGGAGCGGACAUUGGCGCAGCCACAAAUGAUAAGAUGACAGUCCUUCAUCUUGCCACGCGUGCACGUCAGUCCGGAAUCAUCGAUAUGAUACUCUCCCGAGCCAACUCUCUUUCCGCGGAAACUUGCUUUAACUUUGUUAACACGCAAGAUGAAGACGGACGAACUGCACUUCAUUAUGCAUGCCGGUCCGGCCGUCCCGAAACUGUCAAAUCCCUACUUGAGGCUGGAGCAGCCCUUGAUGUUCUUGACAUCCACAAACACUCUCCACUGACAAUGUGUGGGGAGUGUGAAAAGGAAGCCUUGCUUUGGGAUCGCCAUAUGCCAUCAUCAAACCCACGUCGGCAGCUAUCAGAAAUUGGUCUCAAUGCAACAGGUCUAACACUGAAGGAUGAUACGCGUCCAUUUUUCGACCGAGCUGACGAUGACACGGCGCCUCCUUUUGGAAUGAUUAAAUCAGAGCAUGAUACAACACGAUUGACCCAGAUCAUUAACUUGCUUGUCAAGCAUGGGGUUGAUCUGGAGAGCGGCGAAGAAUCUCUGAAGUAUGCGUGGAGAUAUGCGGCACAGCCCGAAUAUGGACAUACUCUUGUCUUCCACCCUUGCCAGAUCGGCCUCCCAAACCCCAACUACCGGAAAGCACUCAAAGAGACACUGGAGACAAACGCGAAAGCGGAAGAAGGCAAAGAACAAAAGGGAGGCCCGCAUCAUGCUACGUCUCUACGACAUCGCUCGGCUGAAAAGGCUCUAGCUUUGAGAUACUACGAUCUGUUUGAGAAUCUAUCAGGGGGAAGGGAAAGCCUUCAUGUCCCUGAUUAUAACGGACAUACUUCGCUGAAUAUGCUUGCUCGAUGUGGAUUCGUGGACAUCCUUGACUCCGUGUGUACUAAAGAGACAGCAGCACAGCUUGAUGGUUUUGGCUGGACCACGAAUCCAAACGAAGAUGACCUAAAAUGCCGUAUACCACUAGUGAUCUCUGCAUGUGAACGACAACUUCCAAACAUGGACGUUCUGAAAUUAAUCGUUGAAGACUUUGGGGUCAACGUCAAUGCGAAGCGGACGCAGCGUAUCUAUCGCGAUCGAAGAUAUCGCCCGACAAUUUGCGAUGGAGUUUUGCAUGACCUUUCUAUUGGGAGAUUCUGGUGGCACGUGAACGAAGCUCUUCCAUAUUUAAUCCGAAUGGGUGCGGAUAUCAAUAUUCGCAAUAGAGAAGGCCAGACACCUCUCAUCGCUGCGCUCAAAUCUCAUCACCCAUUUUCUAAAGAAGCUUCCGAAAUUCUCAUAAGAGCUGGAGCGUAUGUUAAUGCUGUUGACACUGAGAGCAACACUUGUCUUUCAAUCGUGGGGGACAAUAUGGAUAUGACCAAACUCUUGCUUACACAUGGUGCCGAAAUUAGCCCAACCGCUUUUCUCUCUACUCUGAAACUUAAGAAGGUAGAUUUACUGGAGACUCUUCUUUCUCAGAGUGGAAGCUCAAUAGUGAAUCAACCGCUUCCAAACGAAAGCUCCCGCACUAAUCCAUUGGGAAGUUUCACAACUGUCGGGGUCGGAGCCUUGCCAUUGUUAUUCACAGCUGCAUGCGAGAACUUCAAGGAAAACAUUAAUAUGAGGAAGCAACUGAUGGAAGUUCUUUUGAAACAUGGAGCGGAUCCAUAUUCUACCUUUCAGCAACAAAAAUACCAGGUCAGGAAUUGGAGCAGCGAGAAGGAGCCCAAGGUCUUCCCAGCCACAUCCGCGACCUUAAUGCACGAACUUCUAAGUGGUGGCCACAUUGUUGAUCCAAUUUUCAAUCUGCCGCCCUUAGACCUUGAGCGCCGAGACGAAAAUGGCUGCACGCUGAUCCUAGCCGCAUCCAAAGCUCACAGGCAAGGCAACUUCAUCGGAAACACAAAUCAAAAGGUGAACACCAUAGACCCCUUGUCAGAAAUGAUCAAACGUGGCGCCAAUGUCAUGGCCCAAGACAACAAGGGAAGAACGAUCCUGCAUCACGUCGUCAACGAUCACUCCAGAAACUUGAACCAUGCACGCCUCUUCAGAGAGGCUCUCCAGGGUACUGUGGCUACUAGCCCAGGCCUUGUACACCAGACUCACAACAACAACGAGACGGCUCUUCACUAUGCGUUGCGUGGCGGACGUAUUGAGUUCAUUGAAUUUCUUCUGGAAAAUGGAGCAGAUCCCCUUCAACCAGAAAAAAAUGGAGAUAUGGCCCUCCAUCGCCUUGUCAGUUUCGACUACAAAUCGACGAAAGAUAUAAAAAAACGAGCUAUUGCCUGUUGA